AUGAAAAAUUCUUUCUCAUCCGAUAAUUACCAAGAGUUCGAUGUGGAAUCUGGUGAUCUCAACAGAAAGAGGUCCCUGGUAAGACAUGAUAGAGCCAGGAAUGAUCCACAUAAUCCGCAUUAUCAUUAUGCCAAUGUGGUCGCUCAGGAAUCCGAUCACAUAAAGGUGCAAUCUUUUGACACCGGAUUGGACCCAACCCGUUGGGAUUCUCUAUCUAGAAGUGCAUCCGCAAGAGGUCGUUCCAUUCCGCUUGACGACUUGAAUAGUAAAGGCCAAAUAAUGCAUGACUUCGAAGAUGACUCUACUCAAGUGGAUCCUCGAGGAACAGAAAUACAAGGGUUAAACGACGAACAAUCCCUACACAGGAAUAACACUAUACGCUCAAAUAAACUCGCCUCUAAAGUUAUCAAGUCUAAAAGCAGCUCCAAGUACGAGUUUUGGCCCAUUUAUUGUACCAUCAUCACUUUCUGGGCCCCAUCUCCUUUACUAAGGUUGUUUGGCUUCAAAACGAAAGAAAGACAAUUUGCCUGGAGAGAAAAAAUGGGGUUGAUCUCGAUCAUCUUAUACAUCGGUACAUUUGUUGCCUAUCUUACUUUUGGGUUCUCCAGAACUGUCUGCUCCAAUACUAGAACAAGAAUCGAGAACAAUAGCGUCUCCACCGGUUAUCUUAUUAUCAACGGAAGAGCCUACGAUCUCACCGCCUCUUCUCAUCCCGCUGCUGCUGGUAUUGAUGCAGGAACCAAUAUUCUAUACCCCCCUAUCAAUGCUGGUGGCAAGGAUGCUUCUUUUCUUUUUCAGAACGUGAAUGGAAACUGUAAGGGUCUUAUUACUCCAAAAGAGGAUAGUGAAAUUCCUUUUGACGGAGACGAAGUUGCUUGGUACAUGCCCUGCAAAUUGUUUGCCCAAGAUGGAUCGUCGUCUCCCAAUUUCACCGCCUCUGAAUACUAUAAUGGCUGGGGAUGUCACACAUCCACAACAGCUAGAGAUGCUUUCUACUCUUUAGAUGUUACAGGUGAUGUCUACUUCACAUGGAAUGACAUAAGAAAUUCGUCCAGAAAUUUGGUUGUUUUUUCGGGUGAUGUUUUAGAUUUAGAUCUUAUCUCUUGGAUUGAUUCUGAUAACUUGAACUAUCCAGAGUUAUUUGAUCGUCUUCGCACAGACGAGCAAAUGAGGGGUCAUGAUAUAUCUAUCUUACUAUCUUCUUCUUCUGAAAGGAAGGCUGCACGAUGUUUAGUAGAAACUAUCAAGGUUGGUGUAAUAGACUCUGAGACAAUUGGCUGCAUUGCUUCGGAUAUUGUUCUUUAUGUCUCUUUGAUUUUCAUUUUAUCUGUGGUUAUUUCGAAGUUUUUAUGUGCCUGCUACUUUAAAUGGGUUAUCUCUAGGAGACAGGGUGCCACUACAUCUUCUACCAAAGAAAUGAAUGAACGUGAGAGAGAUAUCGAAGAUUGGGCCGACGAUAUUAACAAGCAGGCCCCCGUUGCUUCUGUUCAGCCAUUUCAACGUUUUGAUUAUCGCAACCAGUCGAAAGGAAAUAGAGUCUCGAAGCUUUUUAACAGGGCUUCAAGAUACUCUAUGGCGACGCAGUUGGACGGCUUUGAUUACGUUAACUCAGUUGGAACUUUGGCAAGUUCUGCAAAAUACCCCAUGACAACUAUGACUCUUCAAACCACAAAAAUGCUUCGGGCCUCAAAGGACAGGCGAUCACAUGUGAGAAACAGGUCAUCUGUUAUGUUGAAUACCAAUGCUUCCAGGCAAUCACUAUUGUUGGGAAGCGAUUACCAUAACCCUUUUGAUGCUAAUGAUGGGUUCUAUAUACAGUCGUUAUCCGCUGAUCUGAUUCAUCCUGAUGUUGCACCCCAGCCUCCAGUUGAGUACCAGCCAUAUGGGUAUCCCUUGGCCCAUGUUAUUACUCUAAUUACCUGCUACUCUGAGGAUGAAGAUGGGCUCAGAACUACAAUUGAAUCGAUUGCCACUACCGACUACCCUAACUCUCAUAAACUUAUUUUAGUUAUCUGUGAUGGUAUGAUCAAAGGUGCUGGUAACGACAAGACUACUCCUGAGAUUGCUCUUGACCUAAUGACAGAUUUUGUGACACCACCAGAUGAUGUGCAACCAUUUUCCUAUGUUUCUGUCGCCCAAGGCUCUAAAAGACACAACAUGGCCAAAGUCUAUGCUGGGUUUUACAAUUAUAAAGACUCCAAUCUACCUCCUGAAAAACAGCAACGUGUUCCUGUCGUAACUAUUGUUAAAUGUGGUACUCCUGCUGAAACUGGAGCUGCCAAACCAGGUAACAGAGGUAAACGUGACUCCCAAAUUAUAUUGAUGUCUUUCCUCCAGAAGGUCAUGUUUGACGAAAGAAUGACCCAACUGGAAAACGAGAUGUUAAAAUCAAUUUUUUCAAUCACAGGGUUAAUGACUGAAAUGUAUGAGAUUGUGUUAAUGGUUGAUGCUGACACCAAGGUGUAUCCAGACUCCUUAACACAUAUGGUUGCAGAAAUGGUGAAGGAUCCAACAGUGAUGGGUCUAUGUGGAGAAACGAAGAUUGCCAACAAGAGACAAUCCUGGGUGACUGCAAUUCAAGUUUUUGAGUACUACAUUUCGCAUCACCAAGCAAAGGCGUUUGAAAGCUGUUUUGGUAGCGUUACCUGCUUACCUGGUUGUUUUUGCAUGUAUCGCAUCAAAACGCCCAAAGGCCGUGACGGCUACUGGGUUCCCAUUCUUGCUAACCCCGACAUUGUAGAAAGAUACAGUGACAAUGUUCUGGACACUCUGCACAAGAAAAAUUUACUGUUGCUGGGAGAGGAUAGAUAUCUUUCUUCGUUGAUGCUUCAAACUUUCCCUAAGAGAAAGCAGAUAUUUGUUCCAAAAGCUGCUUGUAAAACUAUUGUUCCGGAGAGGUUUAAAGUGCUCCUAUCCCAAAGACGUCGUUGGAUCAAUUCAACGGUACACAACUUGUUUGAGUUGUUCUUAGUCAAUGAUUUAUGUGGAACGUUCUGCUUUUCGAUGCAGUUUGUUAUAGGUAUUGAGCUUGUGGGUACUUUAGUAUUGCCAGCUGCUAUUUGUUUCACUGUUUACGUGAUCAUUUUUGCCAUUGUUUCUCAUCCAACACCCAUUCUGUCACUAGUAUUACUUGGUAUCAUUUUUGGUCUUCCAGGUUUAUUAAUCGUUGUCACAGUGUCUUCAUGGUCGUAUAUUUUAUGGCUACUCGUUUAUUUGGUCGCUCUCCCAAUUUGGAAUUUCGUUCUCCCAUCAUAUGCCUACUGGAAGUUUGAUGACUUCAGUUGGGGUGAAACCAGAGUAACAUCACAUGAAAUCAAAGAUGCACAUGGAGAAAUCGAGGGAUUAUUUGAUGGUUCACAUAUUAUCCAGAAACGUUGGAGAGAAUUUGAAAGAGAUCGUAGGCGUUCAAACAGUCCAAACCUAAAUCACAGAGGAAGUGAACUGCCAGUUCCAUCUGCUGCUUGGGAUCCAGCCAAUAUAAAUCACGAUUUUGAGAAGGAUUCCGAUGUGUAUGUGAAUGCCCAGGAGGAAGCUGAGAGUUCCAGUUCACAAAAUUACUUAAAAUAG